GGGAGCCCGCACUACCUUCUUCCUUUUCCUCCUCCCCCGGUGAGGGGAGAGAAGGUUGGGGCCCCGAGCCCAUGGACUGGGAGGAGGCGGAGGCCGCCGAGAGCCGGGGCCCCGCUAUGUGCCCCUGAGCCCCGUGUACUGGUUCUGCCAGUCUGGAAGGCCAUGGAGAGGAGGCCGGGAGUCAAGCCAAGUCUCACUUCCUGGAUUUUAUCAGGAUAUUGUUGGCAGACAUCCAUGAGGUGGUUGAGAAGCCAGUACCUGUUUUAUACUUGCUUCUGCUUCAGUGCUCUGUGGUUGUCAACAGAUGCUGUUGAAAGCAGGUGCCACCAGGGGAAGACACAAUUUGGAGUUGGCCUGAGAACUGGGAGAGAAAAUCACUUCUGGCUUCUUAAAGGAACCCCGUCUCUCCAUUCAUGUUGGGCUGCCUGCUGUCAGGACUCGGCCUGCCAUGCUCUUUGGUGGCUAGAAGGGAUAUGCAUUCAGGCUGACUGCAGCAAGCCCCAGAGCUGCCAGCCUUUUAGGACAGACUCUUCUAAUUCCAUGCUGGUAUUUUUAAAAAAAUUCCAAGCUGCAGAUGAUUUGGGCUUUCUAUCUGAAGAGGAUAUACCACAUAUUCUGGAGGAAGCCUCUUGGAGGAGACUGAGCCCAUCCAGAGCUCCAUUCAGAUCUGCUGUAUUUUCCAGUGACCAACAGAGCUUAAUCAGGAAGCUUCAGAAAAGAGAUAUUUCCAGAGAAGUCCUUCCACCUAUUGUAGCACAGCAUUCUAAAGAGAACGACUCCAGCGAACUAGGUGUUCUGAGUGCCAGUGGCUUGGCAGAGGUCCAGAAGGCAGUUACAGUUUCCAGUCCCUUAACCACAGACCUGACUACAGAGAUUGCUGGUCAGCCAAAGAGUGUAUCAGUCCAACCUGAAACAUCAGAGGAUCCUGGAAUUAUAGCCAGCACUCAGCAAGUAAAAAGUCCUGGGAAAAUCCAAACUGCUAUCCCUCUUCCAGUGGCUCCCUCCUAUAUUCAUACAACUCCUACCCCCCAGGCUUCCUUCCAGAGCACAUCAGCACCAUACCCAGUUAUAAAGGAACUUGUGGUAUCUGCUGGGAAGAGUGUCCAGAUGACCCUGCCUAAGAAUGAAGUUCAAUUAAAUGCAUAUGUUCUCCAAGAACCCCAGAAAGGAGAAACCUACACCUACGACUGGCAGCUGAUUACUCAUCCUAAAGACUACAGUGGAGAAAUGGAAGGGAAACAUUCCCAGAUCAUGAAACUAUCCAAGCUGACUCCAGGCCUGUAUGAAUUCAGAGUGAUCGUAGAUGGUCAAAAUGCCCACGGGGAAGGCUAUGUGAACGUUACAGUAAAGCCAGAACCCCGUAAGAAUCGGCCUCCUGUUGCUAUCGUGUCACCCCAGUUCCAGGAGAUCUCUUUGCCAACCACAUCUACAGUCAUUGAUGGCAGCCAAAGCACUGAUGAUGAUAAAAUCGUCCAGUAUCAUUGGGAGGAACUUAAGGGGCCUCUGAGAGAAGAGAAGAUUUCUGAAGAUACAGCCAUAUUAAAACUAAGCAAGCUGGUCCCUGGGAACUACACCUUCAGCUUGACUGUAGUAGACUCUGAUGGAGCUACCAGCUCCACCACUGCAAGUCUGACAGUGAACAAAGCUGUGGAUUAUCCCCCUGUGGCCAACGCGGGCCCCAACCAAGUGAUCACCCUGCCUCAAAAUUCCAUCACUCUCUUUGGGAACCAGAGCACUGAUGAUCAUGGCAUCAGCAGCUAUGAGUGGUCACUCAGCCCAAGCAGCAAGGGGAAAGUGGUAGAGAUGCAGGGUGUUAGAACACCAACUCUGCAACUCUCUGCAAUGCAAGAAGGAGACUAUACCUACCAACUCACGGUGACUGACACAAUAGGACAGCAAGCUACUGCUCAAGUGACUGUUAUUGUGCAGCCUGAAAACAACAAGCCCCCUCAGGCAGAUGCGGGCCCAGAUAAAGAAUUGACCCUGCCUGUGGACAGCACAACCCUGGAUGGCAGCAAGAGCUCAGAUGAUCAGAGAAUUAUCUCCUAUCUCUGGGAAAAAACACAAGGACCUGACGGGGUGCAGCUGGAGAAUGCUAACAGCAGUGUUGCCACUGUGAGUGGGCUGCAAGUGGGGACCUACGUGUUCACCUUGACUGUCAAAGAUGAGAGGAACCUACAAAGCCAGAGCUCUGUGAACGUCAUUGUCAAAGAAGAAAUGAACAAACCACCCAUAGCCAAGAUAUUGGGGAAUGUGGUGAUUACCUUACCCAUGAACACAGCAGAGCUGGAUGGCUCCAAGUCCUCAGAUGACAAGGGAAUAGUCAGCUACCUCUGGACUCGAGAUGAAGGGAGCCCAGCAGCUGGGGAAGUGUUAAAUCACUCUGACCAUCAUCCUGUCCUCUUUCUUUCCAACCUGGUUGAGGGAACCUACACAUUCCACCUGAAAGUGACUGAUGCAAAGGGUGAGAGUGACACAGACAGGACAACUGUGGAGGUGAAGCCUGAUCCCAGGAAAAACAACCUGGUGGAGAUCAUCUUGGAUGUCAACGUCAGUCAGCUAACUGAGAGGCUGAAGGGGAUGUUCAUCCGCCAGAUUGGGGUCCUCCUGGGGGUGCUGGAUUCCGACAUCAUUGUGCAAAAGAUUCAGCCGUACACGGAGCAGAGCACCAAGAUGGUAUUUUUUGUUCAGAAUGAGCCUCCGCACCAGAUCUUCAAAGGCCACGAGGUGGCAGCAAUGCUCAAGAGUGAGCUGCGAAAGCAAAAAGCAGACUUCCUUAUAUUCGGAGCCCUGGAGAUCAACACUGUCACAUGUCAACUGAACUGUUCUGAGCAUGGCCACUGUGAUUCAUUCACCAAAAAAUGUAUCUGUGACCCUUUUUGGAUGGAGAAUUUCAUCAAGGUGCAGCUGAGAGAUGGAGACAGCAAUUGUGAGUGGAGUGUGUUGUACGUUAUCAUUGCUACCUUUGUUAUUGUUGUUGCCUUGGGGAUCCUGUCUUGGACCACAAUCUGUUGUUGUAAGAGGCAAAAAGGAAAACCCAAGAGGAAAAGCAGGUACAGGAUCCUGGAUGCCACUGAUCAGGAGAGCCUGGAGCUGAAGCCGACCUCCCGAGCAGGUGUCAAACACAAAGGCCCCAUGCUGAGCAGCAGCCUGAUGCACUCUGAAUCGGAACUGGACAGCGAUGAUGCCAUUUUCACGUGGCCAGACCGGGAGAAGGGCAAGCUCCUACAUGGUCAGAAUGGCUCUGUUCCCAACGGGCAGACACCACUGAAGGCUAGGAGCCCACGGGAGGAGAUCUUAUAGCUAUCUGGUCUGUCUCCUCAGAGUAGGGGUUGGUAGUGCCAGGGCCCAAGCACUGCCAGGUGGUUCCCUAUCACCCAGGUCCGCGGGCAGCUGAUCUCCCAGUAUAUGCUGGUCACUCCACCCCAACCCCCCACCCCAAAACUACUGGUACUUGAAUCACAGACACUGUCCAGGAACCCAUGAGCGAAGCUGUGAAUGAAGAGAUUUCCUCUUUGAACCUGUCUGGUAGGCCCCCAGAACAUCCUCACCUCAGGGGCUCCUUUAUUGCAAGUCCCUCUUCCCCACCCAAGGGCAAGUAUGGCCUGCUUCAGCAUCCUCUCCAGCUGCCCUGUGGUAGUGCUACUGGACCCAGGGUGCUACACAGAACCAAGAGCCAAUAGCCUCCUGGCUCCAGGGGCUCAAUGGAGGGUAUGUUCUUUCUUCUCUUCUCUGGGGCAUAGUGCGCCCCCUGGCAAGGCCAAGAGGAUGUGGCAUCCCUGCCUCACCACAGAUACUAGAACACUAGUGAGAAACAACGCCUGGCCCUCGGCACUGGAGCCUGCUCCCUUCUCUGAUCAGCACUAUCAGGAGAGGACUGGCUGUCUGGGGGUGAUGAGGGGCCCUGCCUUUGGGGGCUUUUGUGACACAGGCAGUGUCCCCCUUUCUUCCUCUGACUGGCAGCUGCUGCUUCCAGGCUCAGGCCACCACUCUGUGUACCUAGAGGAGAUAGCCACAGACUGGAAUGUUGUGGCAUGAGAGUGCAUGUGUGUGACUGUCCACUGUGGUCUCCCAGUCCCUCCAUCUGUGUCUUUUCUCUGUGUCUGCUGCACAUGUGUGUUGAGUGAACGCGUGCGUAUCUUCUCACCGGGCUCUUGGCUGCUCAGAAGGAAACUUUGACUCAGUCUCUCAGCUCUGUGGAAUCCCACUGAUUUCUGUCACUGUUCCUCAGACCUACUAGCUGGGAAUUGAGGAAUGGGAGCUUUGGGGGAAUGACUUCUAAAAAGAGAUAAUUUCUACUACUGCACUACUACUGUGUGUUGUAAGAUGAUUAAACAUAUAUUUAAUUUGUGUGCCUACAUCUCUGACCUGUGUCACAGGGCUAACCACGAUUGCAGCCUGCAAGGUCUUGCCCCUGGCAGGCAGUUUUGGACCUGCCAUCAGCACAUGUGACCCAUGGUGCUGGGUCCUGCCUGCAAUGGUGGGUGGGAAUGCAGCACUCCUACCCUUUGGCUAAGGGAGGUGAGUUUUUUGUUCUUCCUUCUCAUACCUUUUAUUAACAUUUAAAUAAUUCAUGUCCCUCUAUGUCUAAGCUAGGGGACAGAGUGUCCUAAGAUCCAGAGUAAGACCUUAAGAAAUUUUGGCCACUGCUAUUCUCUUUUGUGUUGACCAGACUUAAGUGUGUGUACUCCUCAUAGUUCACGGAGCCCUUUGCUGGAUAUGUGAGGGAGGGGAAGGGCUGGGCUAAGAAAGGGAGAUGAGAGCAAAGGCCAUUGAACCGUGCUUUGCCCAAGCUCUGUAUAAAAACCAGCUGCAGGGGGGCAGCAGUGUCUCUGAUCUUACAGGUCCAGAAGUUGAGCCAUAGUGAGAAGUGGUUCAGUCCACACAAGCAGUGACUAAACUCGGGCUCAGCAGAGGCCCCUGCUCACACUGCUCAGGGCUUCUUCAGAAAUAGUCCCUGGGUUAGGUCUGAGAUGGAGCAUGAGAAUUUGCAUAAUGAUGUCCUAGAAGAUGCUGAGCCCCCCUGGUGCAGGGCCCCAAUCCAAGGACCUCUAGGUGAGAAAUGCAUGGUCAGCCUCUUUCUCUCACGCAUGCGCACACACGCACACAGAGCUGUAGCCUUUCCAUUCCUGAAAGAUGGUGGAGGGAGUAAGUACAGAGACCUCUAUCUUGCCAAGUGGGGCCAAUCUGCUCAGCUGGGAAUGGUAGGGCUGGAUGAUGCAGUGCUCCAGUCUAAAUAGCCACAGCAGGUGGGCUCAGGGCCCAGUGGGCCAUAGUGGGAGGAACCUCACAGAAAACAUUGAGCCUCUUCAGAGUAGAAACUAUUCAAUAUUUCCAGUUUGGGCAACAGAACCAAUGGAGCCGAGUGAGGCUCGCUGAGGUAGGUGAAGUGUUAGGAAGGUAAAGAUCUGGUGAGGCUGGGGCACUGUGAGCAGCCUCAAGGCUCUACAGGGUGCUCUGGCUUUCUUUCCCCUGGCCUGUCUGGUAAGCAGCGGGAGCUGCAGAGAUCCUCACACACACUGAGAGAAGAUGCCUGCAGUCAGGCCACCAGUCUCCAAGAUAGACUGAGGGAACAGCCUUGACACCUUUAUGGAUUUGUGUUGACUGGUUGGAGGGCCCCUAUAUAUUUCUCUGGUCAAACUUGGCCACUGCUGUAAUCUUCCACUCCUUAACUCCCCAUCUGAUGAUGGUGGCUACCUAAUGUCUAUUAGUAUUAGGCUGUGGCCAUCCACUGUUGUGCCUCCUCUCCUACUUGGAGAGUACCCAUAAGGCUCCCUUGGUCACAAGGAAUGAAACUGAGGUUACCUCUCAUGGGAACAAGGGAACUUUUAUCCAGUUCUUCUGACUGCCAAUACCCAGUACCUGUCUUGGCAAGUUAUUGUGAUGCCCUAUUCCACCUUCCUGGCUGUGUUUUAUUUACCCCAAUUCUAAUAAAUCAACACAUUCCUGUGCAUUGA